AUGGGCGGUUCUCCUCCUUGCGGCAACUCCGUUCGCUCCGUCAAGGAUUACCGUCGACAGGUCGCGACUUCGCAGAGGUGGCCGACUAGUCCGCCAAAUCACCCUCCGAUAAAAUUUUCGCCGGAUGACGCUGAGGGGAUUCACGUACCCUACAACGACCCUCUUCUUGUAGUCCAUGGAAUUGGGGAGUACGACGUCACCAAGGUCCUCAUCGAUACAGGAAGUUCCGUCGACCUCAUCUUCCGAGGAACUCUGCAGAAGAUGGGAGUCGAUCUCGACGACAUCAAACCAUCCUCCAGAACAUUAACUGGCUUCAACGGAUCCUCCGAAACAAUACUGGGAACAAUCCGCCUUCCGGUACACGCAUCUGGAGUCACUCGAACUGUCAAGUUUGCCGUUUGCGUCAAGUUCCCCGGUACGGACGGAAAAAUCAAAACACUGCGAGGAGAUCAAAAAGCCGCUAGGGAACUCCUAGUCGCCACAGUUAAACUCCAACGAUCGUCUUUAUCGGUUAACUCCGUUAGUCCUCCAACCUAUAAAGCCUGCUCCCAGGAAGGCGAAGUUCUCGAGUUACCUAUUGACGAUACCAAUCCAAGCCGGACUGCAAGGAUUGGUGCGUAUCUGUCUGAAGAUAUGCAGCGCUAUCCUCUUUCCAACAUCGACCGUUUAGUCGAGUCCACGGCUGGAAACGAGAUGCUCACCUUCAUGGACGCUUUCUCUGGGUACAACCAAAUCAUGAUGCACCCCGACGAUCGCGAAAAAACGGCAUUUAUCACGGAGAGAGGAACCUACUGCUAUAAGGUCAUGCCAUUCGGUUUGAAGAACGCGGAAGCAACCUACCAACGGCUUGUGAACAAAAUGUUCGCAGACAAGCUGGGCAUCACCAUGGAAGUAUACAUCGAUGAUAUGCUUGUCAAGUCGCUACAUGCUGCUGAUCACCUCUGUCACUUGCAAGAUUGCUUCAAAACUCUCAACAAAUACGGCAUGAAACUGAACCCAGCAAAGUGCACGUUCGGGGUUUCCUCAGGCGAGUUCCUUGGAUACAUAGUCACGCAGCGGGGAAUCGAAGCCAACCCGAAGCAGAUCUCCGCGGUCCUGAACCUCCCGAGCCACAAAAACAGUAGAAAAGUGCAACGGCUUACGGGUAACAAAAGGUUUAUCUGGGAUGAGAAAUGCGAGGAGGCAUUUACCCAACUCAAGCAUUAUCUGACAACACCACCCGUUCUCGCCAAGCCAGAUAUCGGCGAUAUUCUAUCUCUUUACGUUGCAGUGUCACAAGCAGCGGUCAGUAGCGUUUUAAUAAAAGAGGACCGUGGUGAGCAAAAGCCAAUCUUCUACACAAGCAGGCGCAUGUCCGGACCAGAAACGCGAUACCCAACUCUACAGAAGAUGGCACUGGCGGUCGUCGAAGCGGCGAGAAAGCUUCGCCUUUACUUUCAGUCACAUUCGGUGGAAGUAUUAACCGACCAGCCCCUCCGAACAAUACUUCAAAAUACAAACAGGUCCGGAAGACUAACGAAGUGGGCUAUCGAACUCGGUGCCGGAGUUCAACUACAAUCCCCGACCGGCGAACUGAUCAGACAGUCUUUUAGCUUCGGCUUUCCAGCCUCGAACAACGAAGCAGAAUACGAAUCUUUGAUCGCUGGACUCCGCUUAGCAAAAGCUGUCAAGGCCAAACGCCUAAGCGCCUACUGCGACUCGCAGUUAGUCGCCACAGAGUUCGAAUUCUUCGAACUCGUCAAAGUUCGCAGAGGAGAAAACGUCUGCGCCGACGCCCUUGCAGCCCUUGGAAGCAAGCUUCGAGACCAAGUUAAACGAACCAUUCCAAUACACCGCAUUGAGAAGCCGGGCAUCGAUAUCUCGACGGACCAAACCAUCGUCAUUGCCCCAAUCACCGAAACCGACAUGCUCGUUACUGAUGAAUUUGGCCCCGACUGGCGAACUGAGUUCAUCGACUAUCUCUCAAAGGGGGAACUUCCAACCGAGAAAUGGGCAGCCCGCCGACCAAAAACACGCAGUGCCCAUGAUGUCGUCCUAGACAACGAACUCCAUCGAUGGACUGCGAGUAAAGUACUCCUCAAAUGUAUCUAUGGUGAAGAAACGGUCAGGGUUAUGGCCAAAAUACACGAAGGCGCUGGAGGAAACCAUUCGGACGGACGAGCAUUAGCAAUCAAAGCGAGAAGCCUAGGCUUCUUCUGGCCGACGAUGAACGCAGAUUGCGAGUCCUACGCCAGAAGCUGCGACAAAUGCCAACGGCACACACCAAGCAUCCAUUGUCCAACUGAAAUGUUACAAACGACGGUCGCGCCGUACCCAUUCAUGCGAUGGGCAAUGGAUAUCAUAGGACCUCUUCCAUGCUCCCGCUAG